ACCCACACACUACUUCUCUACACGGCAGUGGAAAAAGGAAUGAAGCCUGGCUCUGUGAAAUGAAACUUUGCCAGUUGUCAAGGCAAACUUUUGUUACUGUCCUGAGCUGUGCAUUCUGUUGGCCAGCCAAGGACGACAUCUGACUCUGCACAGGCACCUCCCGCUCCCGCGCGCGGGGCGGUGGCGGCCGCCAUCUUGGCUGAGGGCAGACGCGGCUUCGCGCCGGCCCUGCCGGGCAGGGAGCGUGGGGGCGCCAUCUUGGCUGAGGGCACGGGGAACAGCCCGGAAUCCGCGCGGCCAUGGGGAGGAUCGGGCUGCAGCUCCGCGCCACGCUGGAGAACAUCACCCGGCUGCGGGCCGAGGGCGAGGACUUCCGAUGGUACCUCAAGCUGAAAUGUGGGAACUGCGGUGAAGUCUCCGAAAAGUGGCAGUACCUGCGGCUGAUGGACAGUGCUCCCCUGAAAGGCGGCCGAGGGAGCGCCACGAUGGUGCAGAAGUGCAAGCUGUGCUCCAGGGAGAACUCCAUCGAUAUUUUAAGUCAGACAAUCAAGCCUUACAAUGCUGAAGACAGCGAGAAAUUCAAAACAAUUGUGGAGUUUGAAUGCCGAGGUCUGGAACCAGUUGACUUUCAACCACAGGCAGGGUUUGCUGCUGAAGGCGCAGAAUCUGGCACACCUUUCAAUGACAUCAACUUGUUAGAAAAGGAUUGGAAUGACUAUGAUGAAAAAACAAAGGAGUCUGUUGGAAUCUAUGAAGUUACCCAUAAAUUUGUAAAAUGCUGAAGUUCAUACUCCUAACAAAUUAUGACAUGGUUAUUGAUGGAGGAGCUGUAAACAUCACAUACACAGCUUCCUUGGAGUUACUUUUUUACAUGGCCACACUUCAGAAAUGGAAACCUAAGUUCACAGAAUCAUUUAGGUUGGAAAUGAUCUCCAAGAUUGAGUUCAACCUUUGACCAACAUCACUGAGUUGUACUUUCUGUCCCCAGCAUGCCCCAAUAAAAUAUUUCCCAUGGAGCACUUGGAGAUGGCCUCAGUACAAACUGAAAAUAGUACAUAUUGACUGAACUGUGCCGUGUCCUUAAUGCUGUGGGGUUUGGGAAUUACGUGGUUGUGGUGGACUGUGGCUUAGCUAAUGCAUUGAGUAACUGCUUACACAACUUACAGCCUUAAAGGUUUUCAGAGUUGGUCACCAGGAAGUACCUACAUUUGAUUGUCUAACAUAAGCAAAUAAAGUCUUCCCACUCA